AUGCGUCAGCCUCACCUCAACUUUUCAAAGCCUCAAGAUUGCUCACCUCUUCAAAGUGUUAGCAUCGCCGUCUUCAGAUAUUUCGGCGAGUUUCAGCUCACAGUGGUCGUAGGCGUAGUGGUCUUGAACGCGCUUACAGUAGUGGUAGUACUUGCUGUAAAUUUCUGGAUGGGAAUACCUUUGAUCCGCGACAAGAAACUUACGGUAGUAGUAGUUGUAGAUGUGGUACUUGUCGUCGUCUGUACUAGUCAGUCGAACACUCCAGAUGUUACAAGCGGCUUGGCUUACGGUGGUAGUGGGAGUCUGCCUUAUCAAGCCUACGAGGCGAAAGACGCGGUAGCUCGGCUUACAGUCGUAGUCGAACUGCAAAAGAUGAACCCGUACAGCUUAUCAUUUAAAAGCUCGACUCACAGUCGUUGUAGGAGUUGUAGUCUCGUAGAACUUACCACGGGAUGGUUAGCUCUCGAAGCUCACUUUUUCUUGAAUGCUGUUAGUAUCGGCUACACUCUCGAUAUAUUCCGGCGACUUACAGUUGUAGUAGUAGUCGAUGAUGUUAUUCCGCUUACAGUAGUCGUUGAUGUCGAAGUCUUCAAUGCGUGGUUGGAGUUGAUGUCGUCGUCUUCUCACCGAUUAGCAUUUGAAUUUGCUGCGAAUGCAGAUUUAGCUACUGACCGUAUGAUCCCUCUUCAAUAUAAAGUAGUCGCCAUGCAAAGCGGUGCAAGUGCAUCAUCAACUUCGCCACGUUCGUGGCAUCAGACCUGUCAUCGCAGAUAUGAAGAUAUAGCAGCUAUCGAAACUUACCGUCGUACUACUGGUUGUCGUAGAACAUGGCUUAGAGGUCGUAGAUGUCGUGGAGGUCUAUAUUUGAUGUUAGCGCAAUAUGCGAAGCGGAAAAUGCUUAGCCAAAUCUUACCUUGUGGUCUAGAUACAUGUACUACGUUGGUCACGCUUGUCGAAGGAGUGCUUGUCGAAGAGCUGCUUAUUGCAGAGGUAAUUGUUGAAGAACUACUUGCCGAAGAUGUGCCUAUUGAAGAGGUACUUGUCGAUAAGGUGCUUGGCGAUGAGGUGCUUGGCGAUGAGGUGCUUGGCGAUGAGGUGCUUAGCGAUGAGGUGCUUGGCGAUGAGGUGCUUGGCGAUAAGGUGCUUAGUGAUGAGGUGCUUAACGAAGAACUGCUUGAUGAAGAGCUGCUUGUUGAAGAUGUACCUAUCGAAGAGGUACUUGAGGUGCGUAGCGAUGAGGUGCUUGUCGAAGAACUGCUUGAUAAAGAGCUGCUUGUUGAAGAUGUACCUAUUGAAGAGGUACUUGAGGUGCUUGGCGAUGAGGUGCUUGUCGAAGAACUGCUUGAUGAAGAGCUGCUUAUUGAAGAUGUACCUAUCGAAGAGGUACUUGUUGAAGCGCUGCUUGUUGAAGAGCUGCUGCUUGUUGAAGAGCUGCUUGUUAAAGAGCUGCUUGUUGAAGAGCUGCUUGUUGAAGAGCUGCUUAUUGAAGAGCUGCUUCUUGAAGAGCUGCUUGUUGAAGAGCUGCUUCUUGAAGAGCUGCUUGUUGAAGAGCUGCUUGUUGAAGAGCUGCUUGUUGAAGAGCUGCUUGUUGAAGAGCUGCUUGUUGAAGAGCUGCUUGUUGAAGAGCUGCUGCUUGUUGAAGAGCUGCUUGUUGAAGAGCUGCUGCUUGUUGAAGAGCUGCUUGUUGAAGAGCUGCUUGUUGAAGAAGUACUUGGCGAAGAUGGAGCACUACUUGCUGAAGGUAGAGUGCUUAUUGAGGACAUGCCAGUGGUUGAAGAUGAUGUGCUAAUCGCAAUCAAAGAGCUUGUUGAGGAUGAAACAGUGCUUGCUGGGGUUGAAAUGUCUUCUGAGGAUACACUGCCUACUGCAGUGCCGAUCCUUGUCGAGCCCGCAGACGAGGCGAAGCUGGUCGAGCUCGGAGACCCAUUCGAAGGGUCGCCAGCCGAAAUGAAGCUGCUAGAAGCCACGGCGCUGCUUGAGGAAGUGGAAAGGUUGAGAGAGUUCUCUACCGAGCCAGUAGAGGAACCUGUAGUCAACGAGGUAAAAGAGGUUCGCAAAGACGAGCCACUUCCAAUUGAUGUACUAAUGUAUACUGCGUUGGCAGGAGACCUGAAGAGCUCGAACUGGUGGAGGUCGAAGAUGUAG